CAGCAACGCGGCAAGCAAAAUAACAAAGUAUUUCGCGGGAAGAUUAGUUUCCUGUCAAGUCGGACAAAAUAGGCCGCGUCUUCUAAAUUGACGAUAAAAUGAGUUUGUGGGUGGACAAGUACCGACCCACGUCCCUGGGGAAACUGGACUAUCACAAAGAACAAGCGACUCAGCUGAAAAAUUUGGUUCAACGUGGCGACUUCCCACACUUGUUGGUCUACGGUCCCUCAGGGGCAGGAAAGAAGACCCGCAUCAUGUGUCUGCUGAGGGAACUCUAUGGAGCUGGUGUGGAGAAACUGCGCAUCGAGCACCAGACUGUCGUGGCUCCCUCCAAAAAGAAGAUUGAGAUCAACACCAUCGCCAGCAACUACCACCUGGAGGUUAACGCCAGUGACGCCGGCAACCAGGACCGCGUGGUCAUCCAGGAGCUAAUCAAGACGGUGGCUCAGUCCCAGCAGAUCCAGUCCAGCACGCAGAGAGAGUUCAAAGUGGUGCUGCUAACAGAGGUGGACAGGCUGACCAAGGACGCCCAGCAUGCUUUGCGUCGCACCAUGGAGAAGUACAUGUUCACCUGCCGCCUCAUCCUCUGCUCCAACUCCACCUCCAAGGUCAUCGGGCCCAUUCGUAGCCGCUGUCUGGCCAUCAGGGUUCCUCUGCCCAGCACAGAGGAGGUGUGUCACGUCCUUACUUCGGUGUGCAAAAAAGAAGGUCUUCUGCUCCCGCCGGAGUUGGCCAAACAGAUCAGCCAGAAGUCGGGUCGCAACCUCCGCAAAGCUCUCCUGAUGUGUGAGGCCUGCAGGGUGCAGCAGUACCCCUUCUCACCUGACCAGGAUGUCCCCGAAACAGACUGGGAGGUGUACCUCAGAGAGACAGCCAACGCCAUCGUAAGCCAGCAGAGUCCUCAGAGGCUGUUGGAGGUUCGAGCUCGGCUGUAUGAGCUGCUGACUCACUGUAUCCCUGCUGAGAUAAUAAUGAAGGGUCUAGUGACGGAGCUGCUCAACAACUGCGAUGGUCACCUGAAGACGGAAGUGGCGCACAUAGCAGCGUACUAUGAGCACCGUCUGCAGCUGGGCAACAAGGCCAUCUACCACCUGGAGGCCUUCACCGCCAAGUUCAUGGCCAUCUACAAGAAGUUCAUGGAGGACGGCCUGGAUGCCAUGAUGUUCUGACCUGGAAUGGACUUGACCCGGUUUAUGAUAUUAAAGUGCUUGU